UAUUAAAGAUGACAGCAGACACCGACGCCUGAGUGAAGUCUUUCCUCUUGGUUGGUGUUAACAGGGGGAGUGGUCUGAUGAGAUCUGAGACAAAUGGACUUAGAGCUCAGACCACAACUUCCCCUCUGAGCUGUAAAGCUGGGUAUGCAGUAGUCGAAGUCUUUAGCGGAAAAAAAAAACGCACCAAGCAGUCGUGUUUGCUCGCUGUUCAAGGAGCUGAUUAUCCGUGUCGAGCCUGUGUUAUCAUGGCUGGGUGGUGCAGGAACCAAAUGCUGGUGGCCAUUCCUCUGUGGAUGUGUUUUGGGAGAGCCGCGGCUCUUGCUGAGCCCCAGAUCUGUUAUAUCCUGGAUGGCAUCCUGUUUCUGUACGGGAUCAUCCUGACAGCUCUCUACUGCAAAGUCAAGAUCUCCAAUGCUAAAGAGGCCGCUGGGAAAGGAAAGCCGAAGGGGAAUGUUGAAGAGGGCAUAUAUACGGGUCUCACUCCUCAUGCAACGGACACAUAUGAAACAAUCGGCAUGAAGAAGUGAUAUGACGAAGGACUUCUUUCUCUCUUUGUAAUUAAAUGUUGCACAUCAUACUCAGCUUAGGUCUUCAAGAAUGUAUGAGAUUUUGUACAUCACAGGUUAUUUCCCUUUUGCUUUUAGAGAUUCUAGAGGAAGUUUGGAAGGAGUCACAAACAGGGAAGUUGAGGCCAGAAAGGGGAGAUUGCGAGAAAUGCUUUUUCCUUGUUGCAUGACAUACUUUCAUUGCUCGUAUAUUUAACAUUAACACAAACUCAGUUUGACAGCGGUAAAGCUUCAGAGAUAUUUUAUAUUAUAAUACCCAGUAACUGAAAAAAGAGUGAUUUUUGCUUGAUAUUUUUAUAUAUAUAAAUAUAAACUCUUUUUUUUAUAUAGACAAGCUGUACUGUCCAUCUCACUUCCUCCUUUUCUUCUUUUUUUUUGCUGCCCGUUUGUGUGAACAUGAGAAAUUGUGUGUUUUAGUUUUAGCCUCCCAAGUUCUGCUAUUCAAAAAACAAGAAAACAACAACAAAACAGAACAGAAGAAGACAUGACUGUUUUAAAAAAUGCCGCAGUUUAAGAUGUUGAAUCGUUGUUGAGGAGUACAGAAAAACAUAAUCGUGCUUCUCUUUAAUGAGCAGUGUUUCCUGUACACCACAGGAUGGCAGCGAUGCUGUCUUUGGUCCUCACCUGUGUGCUAUCGAAAAAAAAAAUCAUGCAUGUUAUUUUGUAAGUAAACUUCUGCCUUAAAACUGUCACAUGUACAUACACACCAAACCUAUUAAAAGUUUUAUGUUAACAUUAAAUGUUGUGUCUCCAAGAAGCCUCCAACCUUGUGAUUUAAAACCCCAAAAUAAUAAAACAAAACAUUACUAUACUAUACUAAUAAUGAUUAGUAACUGGCAGUAGUUUUACUGCUGGCGUCCUGUUGGUUUAGCUGGUUACAGCUGCUCAGAUUUAUUUUGUAACAAGCUGUGAAUAUGCCAGUUACAUGUAUGCAAAUUAACAAGAUUACAAAUACCAUUAUGUGCAGGGUGGUGUUUUAUUGUGUGUUUGUGUGUUUUUCUUUUUAAAUUGAGGAAGUCUUCACAGGAAUUUUUUGCAUAGUACUGAUGUUUGUGACGAUCCCUUUAAAUUAAAGGAUUAAUUUGCUUUCUUUAUGAGGGAGGAGGCACUAGUUUAGUAUCAGGGUGAGUAUUAAAGCGAAACAUUCAUUCUUUUAAACAGCGUCUUUGUGCCUGCUUUUCACCUGCCUCUCCUCUGAGCAGAGCAAGUAAAGACGAGAAAAUAACUGUCAUGUUGCCUCAACCAAACCGGAAAGGUGACUUUUUUUCCCCGCAGCUGUGUGCGCGUGAGUGUGUGUUUGUGGCUUGUCGGGUUGUUAGGUGUGUGUGUAUGUCAGAGCGAGAGCAAGAGAGUGAGAGAGAGAGAGAGAGGGGUGUAGCUCAAACAGGUGUAUCCCAAACAGGUAAAGCUGCGCCUUAUUUUUCCUCUAAAGGGCAAACAUGAUGGCGUGGGCUUAACAACCAUACAGGACUCUAAACUCAAAGGAUUUAACUUUUUCACAAGGACGGGGUUACGCACAGUUUUUCCAUUUCUCAAAGGGACCUGGUUCUCAAAGAAAAAACAUCUCCAAGGAUGAUCCGGCAGUACGAGCCAUGAGCGUGCCUCAAUGCUUCGAGCCUGCCUGUCAGUUAGGAUCAUAUUACCUGGACUUAUGAGCUUUCUUCCACUGCUGAAAUUGUCAAAAGUUGUGCACAGUUAACAGCAACUCCCAGAGAGAAUGACAUCUCUGCUGAACAGACUCUCUCUGUGCCUCUUUGUCCUCCAUGUCUUUGUGACAGUGAUAAAAGGAGACUUUGUGGCACCUCCUCCAAACUAUUCCUUAACUUCCCUGGCGGAGGAAGAGACCAUCCUACCCUGUCGCUACGAGCCAGAUGCCGAGAGUACAGUGGUGCAGGUCACCUGGUUUCAGGAGAAACCUGAUGGUACCAAGGAGCAGAUCAUCACCGCACAUCAUGUAAAUGGAAAAACAGCGUUCGGACCGUGGGCCGAUCGCGUGGAGUUUAAAAGCAUCCAACCCACCAAGGACUCGUCUCUGGUCAUCAAGAUCACAAAGAUCUCUGAUGAGGGGAAGUACACCUGCCAUGUCAGCACUUUCCCCUUUGGAAACUUUGAGACAGAGUUGUCACUCCUGGUGCAUACUCAUCCCAUUUCCACAGUGGACUCUGUGACUGUGGUGGAGGGACAGGAAUUCAGCCAGGUUGCUACCUGCCGCUCCGUAGCCCGACCCCUGCCUCAGCUCUCCUGGGACACCGAACUGAACGGGAAGUCGAUCAAUCGCACCUCAGACACCGGGGCAGUCUCCUCUCACUUCUCCCUGUAUCCCCUGAGAGGCAUGAAUGGAAAGAAGUUGGACUGCCUGGUUUGGCAUCCGACUUACUCGGAACCCCGCAGGUUAAAAAACCAGCUGGUAGUGCACUAUCCGCCGCACGCAGAGGUAUCUGGCUACAAUGGAAACUGGUAUGUGGGUCUGGAGAAUGCUGCCCUGAGUUGCGUGAGUGGAGGAAACCCCAAACCACACGUCUUCACCUGGAUCAGGAAGGAUGGAAAAUUGCCGAAAGGCGUCAUCGAACACCCGAAUGGAACGCUAGCUUUUGGGCGACCCCUUAACCUUUCAGAUGCGGGCACUUAUCAGUGUGUGGCAACGAAUAAAGUGGGAGUUGGAAAGACAGAGGUGGAGAUUAAUGUGGAAGAAAUUGCCCCGAAGGUGACAGGUGUUGAAAAGGAGCUGAUGUUCAUUGUGGGGGGCGUGGCCAUUGGGCUCCUGGUCUUGUUGCUCACCAUCAUCAUUGCUGUCACAUGUUACCACAAGCGCAAGAACAAGAAGCUAAAGAGACAGCUGACUGAGAAAAAGGAGGAAAUACACACUCUCUCCAGACAAGCCUCUAUCAGGAGAAUGAACUCCACGAGUACAGACACCAGGAGAACGACAGAGGAAAACAUCCCUCUGAGGGUGGAGGGAACACUGAGGAACAGCCUGUCUUCCCUUGGGGAGCAGCCUCACUGCCGUGACAGCCGAUCUACUAUCUCAGGCAGUCGGGGAGGAGGAAUUGCGUAUGACUCUCUGGGCAGACCAGCCAUAUACAACAACUCCCGGAGGGGGAGAGAAAGGCCUCUGGACAGAGACGAGGAAAGCCGUCUCAGAGUGGAGAGAUAUGUGAAAAACAGCUCUUUAUCUUUGCCGGAAACUCACUACCACGCUCCUCUCACGCAAAUGCCUCAGAGAAUGCAAACGCCCGACUUUCUGAGGUCGAUGAACGGCAGCCCCAUUGUCCCACUGGAUGUGGGUUUGCGACUGGGAAGCAUCACCAAAAAUCACCAACACCCUCCCGUGAGCAGCACCUGCCCACCCAUAAGGGACGACGAUGAUGAAGUGGACGAAGGGCUGGGCGGUCCUGCCAGUCAAGAGCAACCUUUUGAUCAAGACAGCGAGACGAACAGCUCUCAGGUGUCUGAGGGUCACAGCGUGCCCUGCCACCCCAGUAAUGGCCUGUUAAAAUACAAAAGGAUCCCAAGCCCCCAUCCGGUCAAUCCCCACGCCUCUAUAAUCCACAAGGCUCAAAUAGUUUAACAGCUGGUGAGAAAAUAAUACGUGAAACUACAGAACUGCACCGCUUUUGUGGAUGCGGCUGACUCCAAAGCAUCUUUAGGGCAUUUCUUAUUGCUUCCUGCUGUUUGGGUGUAUUCCCCAAAUGUUUGCAGAGCUACUGGAAACCAAAGACAAUAUCACACAUUUUCCAGUGCAGCAAAUUCAGCAUCAUCACCGAUGAUAUUCCUUUCUGAGCUUUCACAACACAGCUGUUGCUCUAACCAGCUGCAGGUGAAUGCAGCUGCCCGAGCUUAUGAGGGGAUAUCGAAAGCACUUGUUGUGGAAAAAACAGGAAAUACAGGAGGAGUAAACAAGGCUGUGGGAAAGUCGGUAAAUCUAAAAAGGAGAUUGCAAGAGAUUGUGGUGAGUGUAAGAGUAACUGCCUGUGUUACAUUCUCUUACACAACAUUGGUUGGGACCUGAUCCAGAUUUUUUUGGCUUGUUCAUCUCUGGCCACACCUGCAACCUCCAUACCUUCAUAUUGUCUUACUGUCCUGCCGCCGUAGGCACUGAGACAGUUUGAAUCAGAUGAAACCUUAAUACCAAAACAAGAUUAAUGUCCCUUACAUGUAGUGAUCUGUAAAUCUGUACAAAUACACGAGUGAUCUCCCUUUUCUUAAAAAAACAAAGAACAAAAAAACCAAACAAAGAAAACUACAAACGCCUUUGAAAUAGAGCUGUAAUACUUAAAUCUGAAGUAACAAAGACACAGCAUAGUAACAACAACAAAUAAAAUGUGCUGCAUCCAUCUGCCAGGUCACGCAUCCUUCUGCCUCAGUGGCCUCUUUCACAUGCACAUAGUACAUGUGCACUGCAAACAUACUGAUGUAUACAUAUAUAAGAUUAGAGAUGAAAAAGCAUGUACGAAGCAUGCAAACUUAAUACAUUAGAGUGCAUUUAUGUUCAGUCUGUCGAUGUUUACACACACAGUAUGAAUGUCAACGUCAAUGGAAUCUGGAAAAGCUGCCAAAUAUUUGGAAAACAUAGUUAGAAUUGAUCAGUCUGUAAGUAUUCCUGGAUUCUCACAAAGCAGAUCAUAGAAAUGAAAAAAAGGUUGCCAAACAUGGACUUUCUGUACAGUUUGGAACAUUUCCUCCAAAAGAGGACCGUGUCUUUCCAAAAGGAGUUUCACAGGGACAUGUUACAGCCUUUGAUUGCAGCAUAAAAGCCAAACAUGUAUUGUUUAUCUGUGUACACAUUUUUAAAAAAAUAUCUGUUAUGAGUAUUGGGGAAAAUGUGCCAAAGGGAAAACAUGAAAAAAAAACAGGUUUGCUAUUCUGACAAAUAUGAAGUAUUAUAUUGUUUGUUACAUACAUUUUAUUGUACAAUUGUAUAAUUGUAUUGUUUCCUUUUUGUUAUGUUAUCUGCUGUAAAUACGACUUUUUUCCGAGACACUUGUCUGAUGUUGUUUUAGUUGUGUAAAAAGUGUGCUGGGACAGUUUGUGGCAAACUUAAAGUGAUGUGUGACUAUUAUCUGGCAGCACCUAACAAAUGAGAAGCCAUAAUGUCUGAAAGCAAAUGCAUUUGCAGACAGCGCCCCCUGGUGUAUACUGCUGGAAAGUGCAGGGGCCUGACUGAGGCAACAAACUGCAGAACUAACCAACUAUGAAAGAUUGUGAUCCAGAUGAUCUUUUUGGACAUUUGCCUGGAUUUCUAAUUAUUUGGAGAGCUUUGGAUGGUUAUCAGCUAGUACUGAUGGGUUGAAAUAAAUGUAUGUGGUUUUUCUAAA